AUACAUAAAAAUUGAGCAAUUUUACAAUUUAUGUAUAUGUAGAAGUUAAUUUACAUUUUUAUGUACAAAUAAAUUUUUAACUAUAUUCCUUAUCAGAGAAGGUUAGAAAAGUGUGGUGAUUCAGCAAUAGAUUAGCAUUUAUUUUACAAUUCGAUAUAGAUAUACAUAUUUUUAAAACAAAAUAAUCUCAGUAUUAAUCUAUUAUCAAAGGACUUUGCUUCUAACAUUAACCUUAAUACUUAACCUAAACUGGUUAACCUACAUAAAUACAAGAAGAUUGGAUUCAUAUAAAUUUUGCAAGUGAAAUUUUUUAAUAAGGAUAGCCUAUAAUGUCUUUAAAAAGUGAUGCAGUAUUUGAAAGGAUUCAAGACGGGAUUAAGGAAAACGAAGCCAAAGCAAAAAGUGUUAAUGGAGUUUUUCAAUAUAAAAUAACCAAAGAUGGAAAAGUUAUCAAAGAAUGGACUUUAGAUUUGAAAAAUGCUAAAGUUUAUGAAGGUCCCGCAAAGGAUAUUAAAGUUGACACCACACUAACAGUAUCAGAUGAUGAUAUGGUAGAUAUAGCUUUAGGAAAAUUGAAUCCACAAUCAGCAUUUAUGAAAGGAAAAUUAAAGAUAACCGGAAACAUAAUGUUAACACAGAAACUUGUUCCACUCUUAAAAGCAAAUUCGAAAUUAUAAUAUUAUUGUUUUUUAAUAAAAAAGAAAAAAUAAUUUACACUUCAAAAAAUUAAAAAUUGCAAUGUCAUUAUGGUUGAGGUUUAAAAUAAAAUGUUAAAUUACAAAAAGCAAUUAAAAU